AUGGCAAAUCAUGGAAAACUAGAAGAAUAUGACUCACAAGAGGAAUGGAGUCAGUAUAUUGAGCGGUUGGAAUUUUAUUUCGAAGCAAAUGGCGUGGACGACGAAGAUAAACAACGAGCGAUAUUAUUGAGUGUUUGUGGUAGCAAGACAUAUAAGUUGAUUCGGAACUUAAUCACGCCGAAUAAACCGUCAGAGAAGACGUUUGCAGAGCUAGUAGAACUUGUACAACAACAUCAACACCCAAAACCGUCGGCAAUAGUGCAACGAUUCAAGUUUAAUACUCGGUUCAGGAAACCUGGUGAGUCAAUUGCUACGUAUGUAGCUGAAUUAAGAAGUCUUUCAGAACAUUGUGAUUUCAAGAGUACCUUAGAAGAGAUGUUACGUGAUCGGUUGGUGUGUGGAAUAAAUGACGAACAGAUUCAGCGUAGAUUGUUAGCAGAAAGUUCUCUCGACUUUAAGAAAGCCAUGAAAAUAGCUACAUCAAUGGAGACUGCAGUAAAGAAUGCACGAGAUUUGACACAUCAGAUGGCCAAUGCAAAUAUAAAUACUGAGAAACCUGCAACAUUACACCGUGUGGACAACCAAGGACAAGGAAACCAACCAUGGUCAAAGCCUGAAUGUGGUCGGUGUGGGGGUAAACAUGACCCGCAACAAUGCAAAUUUCGCGAUGCUGAGUGUUUCCUGUGCCACAAGAAAGGACACAUAGCAAGAAAAUGUCGAAGCAACACUAAGGCGACUGGAAAAAAUCAACGAAACGACAACCCUAACUCAGGCACUAGCAGCAACUAUUUAAACAUGAAGGAUGACGAGAUCGAAGAGGAAGACGACAACUAUGGGAUUUAUAGUCUGGGCAAAGGGCAAGCUGAGCCAUAUGUUGUUGAUGUACUGGUGAGCAAUGAAAGUCUAAAGAUGGAAGUAGAUACUGGUGCUGCAGUUAGUGUAAUGAAUGAGGAUACAUAUACAUUAUUGAAGAAAAAACACCCAAACCUAGAGCUGAAGGAGUCAAAGGUAAGACUAAAUACCUAUACGGGAGAGCAAGUUAAAGUGUUGGGUCAGGUGGAGACUUCGGUGAAGUAUGAAGAUCAAGAAGGCGUAUGGCCUUUACUAGUCAUAACGGGGAAGGGCCCUAACUUGAUUGGCAGAAAUUGGCUCCAAAAGAUUAAAAUAAAUUGGAAGAAUUUAUUUCAGUUAAAAGAGGACAAGAAUACCUCAGUCAAAGUUAAUAAGUUACUUGAGAAGUAUGAGAAAGUGUUUCAUGAAGAGUUAGGAACAUUUUCUGGUCCCAAAGCCAAAAUAUAUGUGGCUGAGGAUGCAAGUCCAAAGUAUUACAAGGCAAGACCUGUUCCCUAUGCAUUGAGGGAAAAAGUAGAAAAGGAGUUAGAAAGAUUGCAAGAAGAGGGAACUAUAGAGCCUGUCCAGUUUGCAGAUUGGGCAGCGCCAAUCGUACCAAUCGUUAAGGAUGAUAAGUCGAUAAGAAUUUGUGGGGAUUAUAAAGUAACUGUCAACCAAGCUGCAAAGUUAGACAAUUACCCGAUUCCCAAGGCAGAAGAUCUUUUUGCCACUUUAAGUGGUGGAGAGAAAUUCACCAAGCUGGAUAUGAGUCAAGCCUAUCAACAAAUCUUAUUGGAGGAUGAAUAA